GCGCAUUGCAGGGAAACAGCUGGGAGGGAGCAGGAUCUCUCUCUCUCUCUCUCCCCGGCCCCCGCUUUCCCCCCCCCCGGGGAGAAUAGGCGGUAGUUCGUGCGCUGAUGGAGAUGGGAGGCAGUUUCCUCUUCCUUUCCUGCCUGCUUAGUACCACUGGAUCGACAAGCCUUUAGAAUAACCCCCGUGUGCAAAAUCGGGAGUAUGGGCGAAUGGUCAGAGGAAAAAGAUACCAAUGGAGAUACUCUGUGGGUCUGGUGCUAUCCUUCUACAACAAUUGAAUUAAGGGACCUCUUGUUGAGAAAAUGCUGCCUUACAGAUGAAAGCAAACAGCUUCGCUCGUUCACAUUUGGUCAAUACAGGCUGACGUGGUUUUAUGUUACAACCAUGGAAGUACCAGAUUCUUCAGCCUUGAAAAAGGUGACCCAUUUUUCCAUUGUCCUGACUACCAAAGACUUUAACCCAGAGAAAUAUGCAGCCUUCACAAGGAUCCUCUGUCGAAUAUACCUGAAAUACGGGAGUCCCGCGAAAAUGAUGGAGAGCUAUAUUUCUGUCCUUACAAAGGGGAUCUGCCAGAGUGAAGAAAAUGGAUCUUUCCUGAGCAAAGAUUUUGAUGUCAGAAAAGCUUACCUUGCAGGCUCCGUCAAAGAUAUAGUAUCUCAGUUUGGAAUGGAAAUAGUCAUCCUGUAUACUGCACUCAUGUUAAAGAAAAGAAUUGUAGUAUAUCACCCCAGAUUAGAAGCCAUCCAGGAAUUUACAAGGACUCUACCAGCCUUAGUGUGGCAUCGCCAAGACUGGUCAAUCCUUCAUUCACACGUACAUCUGAAUGAUGAUGAACUGGAAGCGUUAAAGACUUGCCCAGGUUAUGUUGCUGGAUUUAUAGACUCAGAAGUGAGCAACAGGCCAGACCUCUAUGAUGUAUAUGUGAAUCUGGCCGAAAGUGAAAUCACCAUUUCACCGCAAGCGAAAGAGGCAAUGACAAUGGGGAAACUCCACAAAGAAAUUGGUCAGCUCAUCGUUCAGUCCGCAGAAGAUCCUGACAAAUCCAACAGCCAAGUUGUUAAGGAUAUUUCACUGAAGACGAAAGAAAUAUUGACGAACCUGGCCUCAUUCACAGAGGUCUUGCAUGAUGGAGAGAAGCCGUCACUUAACUUUGAAGCACUGAAGCAGAAGAGAUUUCCGCCAGCUACUGAAAAUUUCCUCUAUCAUUUGGCGGCUGCUGAACAAAUGCUUAAGAUCUGAUGGGUGGACUUCAUACAGUGAUUCAAAGUUCUCUCUGCCACCAUGUUUUCUGAGCAUCCCAUACCUACGUAGAGCAUUCCGCAAAGGAAAGAGCAUUUCUAUCUGGAGGGGGGAGCAAGGAUGGUACAGGCUUGAGAUAAAACACUGCAGAGUGUAGCAGAAAACACUUCUUUCCCCAUUUUUUAAUUUAAGGUUUUCUACGAAAUGGCAGAGAUUUUUUCUUUUUAAGACAAAAUGAAUAGACAGCUUAUAGAAAGGACGCAAGGCUACAAGUUGUUCUGUAUUGAAGUGGAAAAUUUGAUCAACUCUAUCAGCAUCCUAGUGUAAAGAAACAGGAUACUGCAAAAGUGAUAAUGAAAAUAUGAAAGCCAUUAAAAUAGACAAGAUAAAUCAUCUGUCUUACGUAAACCAUUUAUAGUCGCUAAUCAAGCAGAGCCCAAAAAGCUGCACAAGAGUGGGGCCCUCUCUUUACUUGUUGCAGAAGUGUUUGCACAGGGUAUCCGCUGAAUCCCACCCUAUAUAUUUCUGUUAUUUUUUAAAGUUUGUACUUAUUAUUUCUACUGCUACCAUAUUUUGAAAUACUAUUCAAUUUAAGUCAUGACUGUGUUCUAGCAAUAUCAAUUUCAGAGUCAUUUGUCUUCUACUUAUACUAUGACCUCUAAGGAACUUGAAUCAGGUGUUGUAGUAUGAAGAAUACAAAAAGAAAAUAAGACAGCUAUGUAUAUGUAUCAGUCCUAGAAAGUAUGUAAGCAUGACUACCACUCUUCUGUUUUCAGGGGGCCCGUCAUUCACUUUUGUAUAGAAAUGUUUGAGCUAACAAUGUGUAUAUCAAAGAGCCCGCUUAACGAAAGUUUACCUCUCCAGUUUUGGUGCGACUCCAUUCCUCCCAUAAAUUUCAAGACUGUAAAUGUCAUUUUGCUAA